AUGGCCUCACACAUAAAACCGCCAAGUCAGUUUGACUUCAGGAAGCCUGAAGGGUGGACCAAAUGGAUCCAGCGAUUCGAGCGUUAUAGAAUUGCCUCCGGACUAAAUAUCGCCGAAGGAGACCAACAAGUCAACACACUGUUGUAUACAAUGGGAGAAGAAGGAGACGAAAUUAUGAAGAGUUUCACCUUCAAGAAAGACGAAGCAUCAGACUACAGGAGAGUAAAAGAGAAGUUUGACGACCACUUCGUAGCGACAAGAAACGUGAUCUUCGAGAGGGCGAAGUUUAAUUUGAGAAGACAAGAACAACAGGAGUCUGUCGAUACAUUCAUCACUGCUUUAUAUUCCCUCUCCGAACACUGUGAGUUUGGCGAUUUGCGAAAACAACUAAUUCGCGAUCGUAUCGUCGUAGGACUGGCUGACGCUAAACUGAGCGAAAAACUUCAGCUAGAUUCUAAAUUAACAUUAGAAAAAGCCAUCGAAAUCGCCCGACAAAGUGAAUCUGUCAAGAAACAACAGCAAGUUUUACGAAACCCAGACCAGGUCAAUAGUUCACCCAGCCAAGCCAACGUUGAUGCAAUUAAUACAAGGAAAAACGGGAAACCGCGGAAUGCUAGGAAUGCUAGUAAGCCAACCGCGAGCGCCAGUGCAAGUGAAACCAGGUGCCAACGUUGUGGAAACACGAACCACAAGCGAAGUGCGUGUCCUGCGAAAGACGCUCAAUGCCAUAACUGCAACAAGAAGGGACAUUUCUCUAAAGUAUGCAGGUCUGCAAAAGUAAACGCCGUUGAAACAGAAGAAACCGAUGAUGAGUAUUUCUUUGGGGAGAUCUCAGGCGGAGGAAACAAAGCAUGGAAAGCAAAGGUCAAAGUCAACAACGUCGUAAUCGACUUUAAACUCGAUAGCGGUGCUGACGUCACUGUAAUAGGUGAUGAAAUGUACAAAACUUUGUUGUCAUCUUAUUCGUUGCGUGACACAAACAAGAGACUGUAUGGUCCGUGUAGGACUCAUAUGAAGUGUCUAGGGACGAUCGAUGCUACGUUGGAGCUCAACGGGAAGACAACAAAAGGAGAGAUUUAUGUUAUCAAAGACCUAGAGACACCACUCCUAAGUAGAGCCGCUUCUACAGCGCUUGGUGGUAUAGCUAGAGUGGAAGCUGUGUCAACGACCGACGCGAGUGAUGUCAAACAACAGUUUCCUAAAUUAUUUACCGGAAUGGGAUGCAUGGACGGUGAAUAUGAAAUCAAACUCAAGCCGGACGUGAAACCAUUCAACCUUACUACGCCUAGAAGGAUUGCAAUUCCACUACGCGACCGGAUACAAGCCGAACUCGACCGAAUGGAACGGAUGGACGUCAUCGAGAAAGUGGAUGGCCCGACUGAUUGGUGUUCUCCCAUGGUCGUGGUUCCAAAAGACAACGGGAAAGUACGUAUCUGUGGAGACUUCGUACAACUCAACAAGGCGAUCCUGAGAGAAGUUCAUCAGAUGCCUACAACGGAAGAGACAUUAGCAAACCUAGCUGGUGCUAAUGUGUGCUCAAAACUAGAUGCAAACUCUGGAUUUUGGCAGCGCAAGCUCGAGGAGAAGUCAAAAGUAGUUACUACCUUUAUAACCCCCUGGGGACGAUACUGCUACAAACGUUUACCCUUUGGAAUUUCUUCAGCGCCAGAACACUUUCAAAAGACGAUGCAGCGCAUCCUAGAGGGACUGCCCGGAGUUGUGUGCCAAGUCGACGAUAUGCUCGUUCAUGGUAAAGACAAAACAGAGCACGGAGAGAGACUUAAUGCUGUCCUCACACGUUUACAAGACGCUAAAGUUACUUUGAACGCCGACAAAUGCCAAUUUGAGUGUGACAACGUCAAGUUCCUUGGUCAUAUUGUGGGAAAAGACGGAAUCCGGAUCGAUCCAUCUAAAGUGGAAGCGAUAAAAGAGAUGGCAGAACCAUCUGAUGUGUCUGACCUGAGACGAUUUCUCGGUAUGGUUAACCAGGUUGGGAAGUACAUACCGAACCUUGCCGAUCUGACGAAACCGUUAAGGGAACUCCUUGUGAAAGAGAAUGCGUGGGUGUGGAACGAAGCGCAAGCUACAGCGUUUGAGGUCAUCAAAGACAAGCUGAGCUCAACGCCUACCUUAGCCAUCUACGACCCUACUCUAGAGACAAGAGUGUCCGCUGACGCCUCAUCAUAUGGUCUAGGGGCUGUGCUCAAGCAAAAGCAUGCUGACGUGUGGAAACCAGUCGCCUACAUCUCGAGAGCGCUUACCGACACUGAGACGCGGUAUGCACAGAUUGAAAAAGAAGCGUUAGCUACAACAUGGGCCUGUGAACGCUUUGAAGAUUUUCUAGUUGGAAAACGUUUCCACAUAGAAACCGACCACAAGCCUCUCGUACCACUGUUUGGUAGCAAAAACCUAUCUGAACUUCCGCCGAGGAUUCAGCGACUACGAAUGCGGUUGAUGAGAUUCGACUUCUCCAUAUCGCACGUGGCUGGAAAGGACCUCAUCACUGCUGACACGUUAUCUCGUGCACCGCUGAGCAAAUGCAGCAACCCAGAUGAUCUGCAAGAUGAAAUAAAUCUAUACGUGAACUUUGUCUACUCGCUAUUACCUGCUACUGAUCAGCGCAUAGAGAACAUCAAAGAACGACAGCGUCAAGAUGAAGUAUGCCGCACGAUACUCGAAUACACAAGUGCAGGUUGGCCAGAACGCAACAAAGUGCCAAGUGCCCUGCAGUCUUACUGGGCAGAUAGAGGAAGCCUCACGGUGAUCCAUGGUCUGUUGGUCAAAGAUGAUCGCAUCGUCAUUCCGUCCGACAUGCGAUUAGAAAUCCUAGAGAAGAUACACGAAGGCCACCAGGGAAUCACCAAGUGCCGCGCGAGAGCCCAACGAUCGGUGUGGUGGCCAGGACUCAGCCGCCAGAUCGAGGACCUCGUCAGAACCUGCCGAAAGUGUGCCGAACACAGAGUCAACCAUAAAGAGCCCAUGAUACCAACAGCCGUACCAGAACGUCCGUGGCAAUCCUUGGGUACCGACCUGUGCUUCGUGAAAGGAAAACCAUACCUUAUAGUUGUUGACUACUUCUCCAAGUACGUAGAAGUAAGCCUGCUGAAUACUCUCAACUCUGCUGAGACCAUACGAGCGAUGGAGUCCAUCUUCGCUAGACAUGGCACCCCGGAUGUUGUCCGCUCUGACAAUGGGCCGCAGUAUGACUCCAACGAGUUUGCUAAGUUCGCCAGCGACUGGGACUUUCGUCACGUUACAAGCAGUCCAAUCUACCCACAGUCCAACGGAGGUGCAGAGAGGGCUGUGCAGACUGUCAAGAACCUGCUAAAGAAGUCAACUGAGCCAGCUAAAGCGCUACUCGCCUACCGUGCAACGCCACUGGAGAAUGGGAAAUCUCCAGCUGAACUCUUGUUUGGUAGGAAGAUACGUACUGACUUACCGACAGUACCUGGUAGCUUAACCCCUUCAUGGCCAGGUAUCUCUGAGUUUAGAGCUAAGGAAGAGGAGCGAAAGCUGAAACAGAAGGGGUACUUUGACUUGCACCACAAUGCAAAGGACCUCAGUACACUAGUUCCUGGACAACGGGUAUGGAUAACUGACCAAAAGAAAGAAGCGAUCGUCAAGAAAGAGGCAGAUACACCCCGCUCUUAUGUCGUCGAAACACCAGCUGGACAGGUUCGCCGCAACCGCUCAUCACUGGUACCAUUUACCGACUGCGAGGAUACUGCGUCAACCAAGCAGAAACCAGUUGACAUCGACAUCGUCAGUCCACCAGAUGUUACUGACGUCUACCGUACUCGUUCGGGACGCACAGUUGUCCCUCCAGACAGAUUGAACUUAUAG